GCCAACAAAAGGCAACAACAAAUAAUUACUAUAACAAUUCCUCUCUCUUUCUCUUAACAAUUCCACUUUUCCAUUUCUUCUCUAAUAAAAACUACAAAAAGAGAGAAAAGAAAGAACAAAACAGAGACUAUGGAAGAAGAAUCAUCAUCUCAAAUUACAUCUCCUCUUAUUCCCAAGCAUGAACAACAACGACAAGCUUCGUCUUCAUCAAUUUCUCCGUCGCCGGACCCGGAAAUUUCUGAAUCCGAUGAAAACUCCCCUAUUCCUCAAGUUGCACUCACCGUUCCUACCUCCGACGACCCUUCUCUCCCCGUUCUCACCUUCCGAAUGUGGUUCCUCGGUACUCUCUCUUGCGUUCUCCUCUCUUUCCUCAACCAAUUCUUCUGGUACCGCAAAGAACCCCUCUCCAUCACUGCCAUUUCCGCUCAAAUCGCCGUCGUUCCACUCGGCCGUUUAAUGGCUUCCAAAAUAACAGAUCGGGUUUUUUUUAAAGGAAAACGGUGGGAGUUUUCGCUUAACCCUGGCCCUUUCAAUGUUAAGGAACACGUUCUCAUCACUAUCUUCGCUAACUCCGGUGCCGGCAGUGUCUACGCCAUUCACGUCGUUACCGUUGUUAAAACCUUCUAUAAGCAACAUUUGACCUUCUUCGUCUCUCUGAUUGUCGUCGUUACCACUCAGGUGUUAGGGUUUGGAUGGGCGGGGAUAUUCAGGAAGUACCUGGUAGAACCGGCGGCGAUGUGGUGGCCGGCGAACUUGGUUCAAGUUUCGUUGUUCAGGGCUCUACAUGAGAAAGAAGAAAGAAGCAAAGGAAGUUUAAGCCGAACCCAAUUCUUUGUUAUAGCCUUCAUUUGCAGCUUUGCAUAUUAUGUAUUCCCUGGCUACCUCUUCCAAAUGCUCACCUCCCUCUCAUGGGUCUGUUGGAUCUUCCCAACUUCCAUUCUGGCCCAACAGCUCGGUUCAGGCCUUUAUGGGCUGGGCCUCGGGUCCAUUGGGCUUGAUUGGUCCACCAUUUCUUCCUAUUUAGGCAGCCCACUAGCCAGUCCAUGGUUUGCCACGGCCAAUGUAGCAGUUGGGUUUGGGUUCAUCAUGUACAUUUUGACCCCAAUUUGCUAUUGGUUCAAUGUUUACAAGGCUCAAACAUUUCCCAUAUUUUCUGAUGGUUUGUUCACUGGGAAGGGUCAUAAGUAUAAUAUUUCUUCCAUUAUUGACCCCAAUUUUCAUCUUGAUUUUGCUGCUUAUGAAACACAAGGGAGGCUUUAUAUCAGUACUUUCUUUGCUGUUACUUAUGGUGUUGGCUUUGCUGCUCUUUCUGCUACCAUUGUUCAUGUUGCUCUCUUCCAUGGAAGGGAAAUAUGGGAGCAGAGCAAGUCAAGCUUUGAAGAGAAGAAAAUGGACAUACACACAAAGCUGAUGAGCAAGUACAAACAAGUUCCUGAAUGGUGGUUUGUGUUGAUUCUUCUAGGAAACAUUGCGCUCACCAUUUUCGCUUGCGAAUACUACAAUGACCAACUCCAAUUGCCUUGGUGGGGAGUUCUACUCGCUUGUAGUAUCGCCGUUUUCUUCACUCUCCCAAUUGGAAUCAUCACUGCCAUCACCAACCAAGCUCCGGGGUUGAACAUAAUCACCGAGUACAUUAUUGGAUAUAUCUACCCGGGAUAUCCGGUUGCCAACAUGUGCUUCAAAGUGUACGGAUACAUUAGCAUGACUCAAGCCAUUACCUUUCUACAAGAUUUCAAGCUUGGUCAUUACAUGAAGAUCCCACCAAGAACGAUGUUCAUGGCUCAGGUUGUUGGAACCUUAAUUGCCAGCCUUGUGUAUUUGGGCACUGCCUGGUGGCUCUUGGAAACCAUUCCCGACAUUUGUAGUUCAUCCCAAUCCUUCUGGACUUGUCCCUCCGAUAGGGUGUUCUAUGAUGCUUCGGUCAUAUGGGGGUUGAUCGGUCCUCGCCGGAUUUUUGGUGACCUUGGAUACUACGCAUCUGUAAAUUGGUUCUUUCUUGUGGGUGCAAUUGCUCCAGUUUUAGUAUGGUUAGCUAUCAAGGCAUUUCCACAACAUGAGUGGAUUAAACUUAUCAACAUGCCUGUAUUGAUUGGGGCCACUGGGUAUAUGCCUCCAGCCACCGCUGUAAACUACAUCACCUGGAUCCUCAUGGGCUUCCUUUCUGGCUUUGUAGUAUAUAGAUAUAAGCCAGAAUGGUGGAGAAGACAUAACUAUGUUCUCUCUGGAGCAUUGGAUGCUGGUCUGGCUUUCAUGGGAGUGUUAUUGUACUUCACAUUAGGGUUACAAGAGACCACCCUCGACUGGUGGGGGAACGACCUUGACGGUUGUCCACUGGCACAAUGCCCAACCGCCCCUGGAAUUGCUGUGGAAGGAUGCCCCCUCUUUACUUGAAAUUUAAGAUUGAGAAAGACAAUUCUUUACAAGGUUACACCGUUUCUCUUUGUGUAUACUUGUACUUUGGUAGUUUGUCCAUGAAAUUGUUGGCUUUUGGAUUCUUUUUGGUUCCUUAUGUGAUGAAUUUUAGUGUAAUUAUAAGGUUCCAUGCAGAAUAUUCUUUCA